AUGUUCAUAUUGGAUGUGUACCUAAACAUCAGCUACAGCAGCAGUCGCGGCGGCAUUUCCAUGGUCGUCGAGAAGGGACCGACAACCAUAAGCUACCUGUUGAUUCGAGAAGCGCGAGACGAGGACUCUGGAGUGUACACCUGCGUCCCUUCUAACCACAACGCAACCAGCGUCAGUCUGCACGUCCUCAAUGGAGAGCACCCGGCGGCCAUUCACACCAACAGCUCCGUCAGUUCCUCGGCGGGCGGUCAGGGGGCGGUGCUGGUGACGACGACGCUCCUGAGGUUACUCGCUCACCUCUGGUUCUCCAUCACCUGAUAAAGGCUCUUUCGUCGUGAGAAUUCUUCUUUCUCCUCCUCCUAUUUUCUC